CUCAAACUUUAUCUGUGACAUUAUUAAACAGUGAAGACAUUUAUUUCGGAGUUGUGAAAAUACAAUUUCUCAAGGAUUAUCAAGGGGCGAUAAUCAAGAAGAGAUAAUAAACGAGAACACAAGUGGGAUAGCGAGGAAGAUAUAAUAAAAGGAGAUAGCCAAGGAAAGAUAAACAGGAGAAGAUAAUCUUUAUUCGUAUAUAACGGUGAUGAUAAGGCACUGAAUCACGUGAUCUAAAGUUGUAACAACAUGGAGGCUGACGAUCCAAGAUUCAACCAACGGCCUCGUCACCACCACCACCAGCAGCAGCAACACUCGCUACAGCAACAUCCUCUGCUACAACGUCAUCAACCAUCUCAGGAAAGACCUCAACGACCCCGCCAACGGCUAUGCCAACGUCACGGCGGCCAUUUUGUUGAGGUCCAUCCCAGGCAGCAGAAGGUCUCACAACAUCGAAAAAAUGUCCAGCAAAGACAUUUUGUGGACUGGACAUUCUCGAACACUUGUCGAGCUUUGAGGGAAUACGCCUUUUGUGUUUUUAUUAUAUUCAGUGGACUGGUGUUCAGUGGAGCCGAGUGCCGCAUGAGGUUUCUAGUCCACCCCAGCAACGCCUCAGUGGCCGAGCAGGUCGACUUCGUCUUCAACUGCACCAUCACCGAACUGGACGGCGAUGUCCAGUGGACCAAAGGCGGAUUUGGUCUCGGUAUUGACCGGGAACUGGAAGGUUUUGAGAGAUACUCGAUGGUCGGCUCUGAACGCAGGGGGGAGUAUAAUCUCCUAAUACGCAAUGUUUCAAUUGAUGAUGAAGACAGAUAUGAGUGUCAAGUCUCAACUUCAAAUAGAUAUCCACAAGGAUUGCGGAGCUCUCCUGUGUAUUUGACUGUUGUUGUGAAUCCUGAGAGGGUGUACAUUGUACGAGAAGCAGCGGUUGAAACUGUUGCAGUAAUUGUUAACAAACCAACCAAUAUUAUAUGCAGAGCUGAAAAAGGAAAACCUGCAGCGCACAUAUCAUGGCAUCUGAAUGGAGAAAGAAUUACAAAUGGUGUGCACACAACAACAGAGCCAAACGGAAAAUACCUGAACACCAUAAGUGUCUUGACAUUCAAUGCAACAUUAACAGAUACUUCAAAGAAGGUUGAGUGUCAGGCCAUGACAGAAUUUAUGCACAGCCCAAUGAAAGAUAAAGCUAUUCUUGAAGUUCAGUAUCCCCCAACACUACAAUUAAAAACCAAUAUAUCAGAAAGAAACAUCAAGGAACAUGACUACGUCUCAUUUGAAUGUUCUGGCAAUGCUCAUCCAUCUCUAGUUGUGUACAAGUGGUAUUUUAAUGAUAAGCCGAUUCCUGAUAGCAAUUUCAAGUUCCACCAUAUCCAAGACAUCUCACCUGAUUAUAAUGGUAAAAAAAUAUCUUGUGAGGCAACCAACUCAGUCGGCACAACUCGGAUAGACAAACUUCUCAAUGUGGAAUUUGGUCCACGUAUUGAAAGCUUAACAGAAGUUGUGGGAGCAGAUUUGGGCGGAACUGCUGUCCUGACCUGUGAGGUGAGAGGAAACCCUGAGCCUAGCAUUAUCUGGAGGCGCAAAGACAGAGUCACGCAUGCCUCACGCACCCUUGUGACCAAAAGCACAUUUCACAUCAGCAAUGUGACAAACCACACAUUUGGCUGGUAUGUUUGUAUUGGAUCUGUGAUUGGCUUCCCCGAUACGAGCAGAGAGGUCAUGCUCCUAAAAAAUGACAAACCUGAUAUGAAAAGUGAAAAACAACAGAUGGGAACAGAAGGGGAAAGAGGGAAACUGGAGUGCAUUGCUCAGUCCAUACCCAAACCCAUCUCCAUUGUCUGGUCAAAGGGAGGCAAACCAAUACAUUAUCCCUCAUCAGGGAGGUUCUCUAAGGAAGAUAAAGAUUUGACAUAUGGUGUCAAGAGCACUCUCCACAUUCAUGGGAUAAAAAACGAGGACUUUGGUUAUUUUAACUGCACUGUGGAAAACAAUUAUGGCAUUGCUACUGAGCAAAUUGAGCUUGUUGAGAAACAUAUUCUACCCAUCACCUACAUCAUUAUUGGAAUCAUUGGAGGCCUGGCUUUAAUCUUCGUGACAGCGCUGGUCUGUGUUCUGUACAGGAAAUGCAAGAAAGAGGACCAAGACCUGACCAAGAAGACUAGCUCUGAGUUUGGUGGCAGUGAAAACGUGCUGCCAGCGCCUGGCUUGACCAACCACUCUAACACCACCAACAGCCCUAGGCUACUCUUGUCUACAUCAGAGAAGCUGAAAGCCACUCCUGCUGCUCCAGGUUCCUACACAGACACAGACAGCUCUUCAGAGAAGAAGAGAGAAAAGGCUGACUCUCCCCACACGCUCAUGGGACAGUUCAGACAAGAAUACAGGUUUUCUGCUGACUAUGAUGACAUGCCAUACAAGACAGCUAACGUGGAGGGUAAAAAUGACAACCAUUCCCUCUUAGCUUGGGCCACUUGUCGAAGAUGGAGACAGGAGUGUCAAGUAAAGGGAAACAACAAUGGUUAUGGUUUCAUUGAGCCUUGUGAAACCUACUCAGAUAACCAAAUCUAUGAUGGAGAAUAUGUCAGGAGAGGGGAGGAUCUUGUACCUGACAGACUGGACCCAAUGUACAGCUCUAGCACUGGCUAUAGUAUGAGCAGUUUUAGGGGAAACUACUACGAAACAACACCACCUCCAACUAUGACUCGCUUAACUCCCCUCCAUAUGAGUAACAAUAAGUUGGCGACAGAUGUAUAGGAUUGUAUAUAACCAACACUUGCUUCAUGUUGAUUCUGUUAUUUUGAAAUUCCUUUUUUUUUCAUGAUUACAGUGCUUCAAGUGUAGGAAGUAUUUGAAGUUUCAGCAUCAAAUCAUAUGAGAUAUCAGGUUUUGUGUUAAUAUUUGUGAGAUUCAAGUGUUAAUUUAUAAAAAAGUAUUUCAAACUUCUUAUGGAAGCAUAGAAGACAAGUGCAUCAUUUAUAAUGAUUUAUAGGAUUUUCCAUCAGUGCGUAUACUUGCAUGUUUAGUCUUUUUUCAUAAUGGAUUAAACAAAUUCUGUGGAUUUUUCUCAUAGUGGGGAGCCAGCAAAAGAACUUGAUUAUACCAUAGUGUGACAUACAUUUUAUAGAAGGCUGAACUUACUUUGUGUAAGGGAAUGAGAAAUAAUUAAAGAAAAGCAAGACAUGCUGGAUAUGCAUGGAGUUAAAGCAUUUAUCCACUGGUGUAAAAAAAACUUUUGUUUUAUUCAUGUUUUAGCUCAGUUGCUGUGUGUAGAAAUCAAGUGAGUGAUAAUUUAUUUUAUUUUGAACCCGCUGGGAUUCUGAUGUGAUGGAUUUAAAAAAAGCUUUGUAUCUAUCAGGAGGUGAUAUCCCUUUGAUGGAACUACAAUAAUUUUUUAAAAUCAAUGUGGAGGUAAUCUCCCUUUAAUGAAUCUACAAUAAUCUUAAGGAAUGACAGAAACAUCAGAGGUGUAUGACAUUUUGGAAAAAUAACAUCACAUCUGCUGCUUCAGGUUAAGACCAUUCAAUGGAGUGUGUGAUGUAUUUGUUGUAAGCACUUCCCUGUUAACUAGCUAAUUAAGAUGAAGAAAAGUAUAUGGGAUUACCUACAUUUUUUAAUUAUCUUCUAUAGCUUUUUUUUAUAAUGUAUGCCUAGCAAGCACUUAUCAUUUUAUUGUCCACAAACUUUUGAGUUCCUUCUACUGUCAUAAUAAAAUAUAUAUUUUCUUUCCCCCAAUAAUCUUUCAUGUUUGAUUAGAAUGUUUUCAUCUCAUUCUUCAUUAAACCCUAACCCACCUUCUGUCAUAGAGUAAAUCAUUCUGACUGUACAUUGAAUGGAUGGCGUACGGAUAAAUGAAAACUUUGAGAUAUGUCAAGUCUUGGACCCUGUGAAUGUAUUUCCAUAAUGGUAUUAGUAAGAAAGUUUGGUUUGUAAAAUUUAGAAAAUCUGCAUUUUUAAUGAAAUGUAUGUUUAUAUUUAUUAUAAUCUGUAAAUUUGCCUGAUGAAAACAAUGCACGCUAUUGAUCAAUGUUCUUUUGUCUUAGCAUUUUUUUAAAUAUCAUUUUAAUAGACAACAACUUUUAUUAAAGGAUUAAGUUUGAAAAAUUCUUUAGAAUCUUUUUUGACAUCUUUUUUUCUAAAAUUAAGUACAAAUGACUGUUUUGUAAUUUAUAUUAUGACAUGGUAAAGCUCUUCCCUAAGUGUUUUUAAAUAAAAAUGUGUACAAUAGGUAAACAUUAGUACUUAAAUAGUAUAUAUCUUAAAUGGCAAAUUAUUGUCAAAGUGAAAACGUGCUGUGUCAUGAACCAUUAUUUAUUGUUUUAUUUAUUGUUCACAAAAAUAACAAUUGCUGUGGAAUUAUUUAAGUAGAAUGUGCAUGAUUUUUAUAUUUCAUUUAAAGUUUGUAGUACAUGGGUAUUGUAUAUUUACAUAAUGUAACAUUGUUUUUCACUGUGAAUAUAGCCUAAUUAUUUCUUCAAUUUUACAAAAUUUGUAAUUUUGUUUAGUUAAUGUGAGAAGCAGUUGCUAGGUUUGUGUACUCAGCAGAAUGGAUGUUUCAGCUUGUUUAAUUAUAACUUUAAAUAGAACUGAAGUUCAACAUUUGACUAUAUUAUUACUUUAAAUAUAAAGUGGAAUGUUUGACUGUAUUAUUUUUUUAAAUAUAAGUGAAGUUCAACAUUUGACUAUAUUAUUACUUCAAAUAUAAACUUAAAAGUUUGACUGUAUUAUUACUUUAAAUAUUAAUUUAAAAGUUUGUAUUAUUAUUUGAAGUAGAAAUGAGGUUAAAAGUUUGACUGUACUUUGUGGAAAGUGUUUAGGUUUUCUCCUGUACAGUUUGUAUAUAUCCCAGUGUUCACUGCUUGGUUAGUUUAUUGAUGAAUCGCUUCAUUGAAUAGCCUUUGGUACUACACAACCCUGUGACUUAGUGUUACAUGGGCUUAACAAUGCUGAAUGGUGAUUGUAAAAGAUUUUUUUUUUAGAAUUUCAAAUCAUGGACUUGAGCUAUGUUUAUGUAUAUAAAUAAUGAAUUAUUGCAAAGCAAUAUAAAUCAUAUUUGUGUGGGUUGUGAUAUGCAAGGUAUUUAAUAACUGUUAAAUUUAUGUGAGAAUUCUUCACUCCUCAUUGGAUUGUUAUUGUGAGAAUUUAGCAUAUUUUAAGUGGAAUCAGAUUGCUUUCAAGAUCAUUUCGUUUGUUUCAGUUUUUAUUUUUUCACCAUGUUGCUUCAUGUACCAGAUGGGUUUGGCCUUGGAGUUAAUUAUUUUCAUCAGUUAAAAAACUUUUUAUGUUAGUCUACUUAAGUGUUGAUCACACAUCUGCAGAACAAAAACCAACACAUUUAUUAUUGUAAUAGAAGUGAUGUUCAGAAUCAACCAAACAGUAUUUUUUUUUAUCAUAAACAUGUACUAAACUGUAAGAUUCUGUUCAAAUUUAAAAUGACUCGUGGUUUAAAAUAUUUGAUUUUAAUAAUUAAAUAAUGACAUUAUUAACGUAAGAAGAAAAUCAGUCAUUUCUCAACAAUAUACCUUAAAAUUAUAACAGAUUUGUGAAUAGGCCAACUUAUAUUAAAUAGGAAAACAAAACACCUAGGUGUGUGUUCUGUUUGGUGUAUCUAGUUGUUCAACAUAUCCAUUUUGUUCUGUCAUCUGUUUUGUUCUAUAGGACAUUUCCAUUCAUUGCCAAGUGUGAGAAUGAAUUCCAUUUGUUUUAUUUUGGAGAUCAUACACAUCAAUAAUUAGUUGAGCAUAAUGAUUGAAUUAUUUAUUUGUUGUAUAUUUGAUGUAGGAUUAUCUUACAUAACACAUUGUAUCUAAGUGUGUGUUUAAACUGUUUUAUACAAAUUUUUUUUUUAGUUUUUUUUUAAUGUUGCGUACUACAAUUUUUGUGUAUAAUUAUGUGGCAUUUGGUUAUUUAUUCAUAUAGUGCUAUCACUUUAUAGUAACAUUCAAAUUUACAUCAACAAAGACUACUUAACAAGCAGUUAAUUAUUAAAAAAACACUUGUUUCUUGUGUAUUUUUUAUACAACUUUGGAAAAAGAUGAAAACAAAUGUGGAACGGGUUUUUAUAAAUUUAUUUAACAUCAGUCAAGCAUUGAAAUUAAUUUCAUAUUAAAAAAAUUUCUGAGAAAAUAAUACUACUAUUGACCUAGGUUACGGUUAAUUUCAAUCAUUUAUUUAUUUUUAUUCAUUUGCUGUUUUCUUAAAUUGAAUAUGCAAUCCCUGUGGUCCAAAUGGUAAUACAGUAUUACAUUCAACCCAGCAUUAAAAGGUAUAAACAGGGCUCAAGCUUAAAAGUAGAGGAUUAAACAUUUUUGUAUUGUUUCUAAAAGCUUAUUUGCAAUUAUUGUGGUGUGUUUUUACUUUAUUUAAUAAGUUUAAGUACAUUUGCUGAACUAAGAUUGGUUUAUCCAUAACAAAACAGUCUUGCAACUUUAAAAAAAAAUUAUUUAUUUUCUUUAAAUAAAAGACAUUGGUUAUUUUUUAAAAUAAUUUAUCAUCAUCAUGUAACUACUAGAAUAUGACUUGUAGAAUAAAUAAUAUUAAUUUAAAAAAAUAAUCUUGUGAUUUUUCAUCUUUAAACAAAUUUUAUCAAUCACCCUUUUACCCUACUCACUCCCUACAUGUUCUCAUUUUUUUUUUCUUCAAAAUAGUUUAAUGCAAACUGACCAAAGUGCCAAGCACUGAACUUAAUUUCUCUUAGCUCGGAUAUGUCCUUAACCCUUGUAUUAUUAAAUAGAUUAACCUUGUAAAUCUCUCUAUGCUCAUUAUUAAUUGAUAAACUGUGUGAUUGGCUGAAUGAGGAAAUUGAGUGUUUCUGUAUUCUGAUAAUUAUAUUGUAACCAGGCAUCUGUCAUUUCUUUCAGGUUUUUAAAAAUUGUUUUAAUCACAACACACCUGCCAUAAAUCAAUAAUAAAAUAUGUUUGAAGUUA